AUGCCACCCAAGAAGACCACCAGCAAGAGCGCCUCCGCAACCGACUCUGCACCACGUCGCUCGACUCGCAAGACAAAAUCCUCCACCUCCUCCUCCACCACAACCCCGGCAUCCAAAACCUCGAAACCGCAACCUACCAAAUCCACCUCCAAGUCCACCCACGGUAGCAAGCACGACACCACCGACCCACCCGCCAAACACAACGCUUCCCCCACCAACCUGCCGUCCACCAACCAGAAUGUGACGUGGAAAGCCAUGCCAGGUUGGGUUCAGGGACACGUAGUCGAAAUCCUCACCAGCGACAAAACCGUCGAGGGAAAGAGUGUCAAGGCGAGCAAGGAGGAUCCUCGCAUCGUACUCAAGUCGCACGGACCGAGUGGGAAGAUCGCUGUACACAAGGCAUCCGCUGUCUGGUUCGAUUGA